GGCGCGGGGCCGCGGGGCCGCCAUGGAGGAGGAGCCGCCGCCGCCGCCGCCGCCGCCGCCGUGCCCAGCGCGGGGCCAGCGGCAGCCGGCGGCCGUGGGGCUCCCGCCGCCGCCGCGCCAUGGGCCGCUUCCCCGCCGCCGCCGCUGCCAUGGCGGCCGCCUUCCUCAGCCCCAGCCUCGCCUUCAGCUCCCACUUCGACCCCGACGGCACCCCCCUUAGUGAGCUCUCCUGGUCCUCCUCGCUGGCUGUUGUGGCCGUUUCCUUCUCGGGGCUCUUCACCUUCAUCUUCCUCAUGUUGGCCUGUCUGUGCUGCAAGAAGGGGGACAUUGGCUUCAAGGAGUUUGAGAACGCCGAGGGGGACGACUACGUGACAGAGCUGUCGGCCCAGGGCUCGCCUGCCCCCCAGCAUGGCCCCGAGGUCUAUGUCCUGCCCCUCACCAAGGUGUCCCUGCCCAUGGCCAAGCAGCCGGGGCGCUCAGUGCAGCUCCUCAAGUCGGCGGACCUGGGGCGGCAGAGCCUGCUGUACCUGAAGGAGAUCGGCCAUGGCUGGUUCGGCAAGGUGUUCCUGGGGGAGGUGAACUCGGGCAUCAGCAGCACCCAGGUGGUGGUGAAGGAGCUGAAGGCGAGUGCCAGUGUGCAGGACCAGAUGCAGUUCCUGGAAGAAGCACAGCCCUACAGAGCCCUCCAGCACACCAACCUGCUGCAGUGCCUGGCCCAGUGCGCCGAGGUCACCCCGUACCUGCUGGUGAUGGAGUUCUGCCCGCUGGGUGACCUGAAGGGGUACCUGCGGAGCUGCCGGGGGGCCGAGGCCAUGACCCCCGACCUGCUGACCCUGCAGAGGAUGGCGUGCGAGGUGGCCUGCGGCGUCCUGCACCUGCACAGGAACAACUACAUCCACAGCGACCUGGCCCUGCGGAACUGCCUCCUCACCGCCGACCUCACCGUGAAGAUCGGGGACUACGGGCUCUCGCACUGCAAGUACAAAGACGACUACUUCGUGACGGCCGACCAGCUGUGGGUGCCGCUGCGCUGGAUCGCGCCCGAGCUCAUCGACGAGGUGCAUGGCAACCUGCUCGUGGUGGACCAGACCAAGGCCAGCAACGUCUGGUCGCUGGGCGUCACCAUCUGGGAGCUGUUUGAGCUGGGCAGCCAGCCCUACGACCACUACUCUGACCGCCAAGUGCUGGCCUACGCCAUCAAGGAGCAGCAGCUGAAGCUGCCCAAGCCCCAGCUGAAGCUGUCGCUGUCGGAGCGCUGGUACGAGGUGAUGCAGUUCUGCUGGCUGCAGCCCGAGCAGCGUCCCACGGCCGAGGAGGUGCACCUGCUGCUGUCCUACCUGUGCGCCAAGGGGGCCACGGAGGCCGAGGAGGACUUCGAGAAGCGCUGGAAUUCCAUGAAACCCAACGGCAGCGCCAGCGGCAGCCACCACGGCCCCGAGCUCUCGUCCUUCCCGCUGCUGGAGCAGUUCUCGGCCGACGGGUUCCCCUCGGACGGGGACGACAUCCUCACCGUCAUGGAGACCAGCCACGGCCUCAACUUCGAGUACAAGUGGGAGCACACCAAGACUGAGCACUUCCAGGCCCCCCUGGGGUCCCUGAGCCCCAGCAGCGCCGCCCGCUACCACGACCUCUAUUACCCGGCCACGACGGCGGGGCUCAGCCUGGGGGUGUCCCCAUCCUGCUACGAGUGCAAGGCGUCCGGCUGCCCCGGGGUGCCGGCGCCCGGCGUGGUGCCCAUCCUGGGCGCCCACAGCCCCUCUCUGGGCAGCGAGUACUACAUCCGCAUCGAGGGCCCCGGCGAGGGCAGCGCCGAGCUGGACUACGCCAUGUGCACCUACAGCCCGGCGGGCGAGCAGGGCGCUCUGCGGCCCCCGGCCUGCUGGAGAGCCCAGGGCGGCCGCAGCGGCGGCACCUACGACUCGGAGUCGGGCAGCCCCACCGUGUCCCUGAGCAUGGAGCCGCUGCUGGGCCACGCACCCGCGGCCGAGGGCUCCUGGGAGUGCGCCGAGUACUACCCCUACCCCUGCCCCGGGCAGGAGCCGCGGGGCUACGAGCCGUCCCCCAGCCACGGGGCCGAGGGGUACCUGCUGGAGGAGGAGCCCCCCCAGCCGGGCGGCCAGGACUGGCCCGUCCCCGCCUUCCAGCCCGGUGUCUUUGCCGACCCGCUGGGCGUCUCGCCGUCGGGGAACUGCGCCUACAGCCCGCCGGGGUACGGGGGCGCAGCGGGCCCGAGCGGGGCCCCGCCGGACUGCGUGGCGCUGGAGCUGGGCGAGGACAGCCCCCCCAGCGCCCCCCACCCCGCCGCUGCCAGCCCCCCGCCUCAGCGCCAGCCGUGGGCCUCCAACAGCUCCUCCAACAACAACAUCGGCAGCGGCAGCCCCCGCGAGCCCCCGGCCGGCGACAGCUGGUGCUACCGCCGCAUGAUCACCUUCCGCGGGCUCAUGGCCAAGCCGCUGGGCACGGUGCCCCGCGGGCAGCCCCAGCUCGGGGGGUCCCCGCCGGGACACGACUUCCUCCGCCCGCGGCAGGAUCAGCCCCCCGCCAUGGCCGGCGGCUCCUCCUCCCCGUGCCGCUCGCCCUCCCCGCGGCGGCAGGCCUGGCACGGCCGUGACUCAUCACCCUGCGGCCCCGCGCAGCCCGGCACGCUGGCGGAGAGCCCCGCCGCGCCCUGGGGCCCCGCCGCGGCCCCGCCACCUGCGCCGGGGGCCCCGCGCGAUGCCCACCCUGAGGAGAGCUCGGCCGGGGACAGCCCUGCCCGCAGCCCGCUGCCCCCCGCCGCCGCGGGGCCGGGGGAAGCCGCCUCCCCCAUGGCUGGCACGGCCGCCCCGAGCCCCGGCCCCCCCGGCGAGCCCGGCGCGGACGGCGCCCAGCCCGCAGCGGAGCCCGCCGAGGCGCCCGCGGAGGCCGCGGCCGAGAGCGGCGCCUGUGCCGCCAGCGACGCCGACCGGACGCCGGACAAGACCUUCUCCAGCAGCAGCUUCCCCAGCGCGGACGAGGGCAGCGACGAGGACACGGCCGAGCUGACCUCCGGCGUCUUCACCGACUUCUCCGGAGAAUACACGGAGCGGGCGGAGGCGGCCCCGGCGCUCAGGUCCCUGCAGAAGCAGGUGGGGACGCCGGACUCGCUGGAGUCGCUGGACAUCCCCUCCACGGCCAGCUCCUGCGAGGUGCUCAGCCCCGGCGCCUUCGCGCCCGCCGGCCAGGCCCGGGCCCUCGACAGCGGCUACGACACCGAGAACAACGAGUCCCCCGAGUUCGUCCUCAAGGAGCCCCACGAGCCCCGAGAGCCCGAGGCCUUCAGCCAGCUGGGCAAGCCGCCCCCGGGGCUGCCGGGGGGCGAGGGCGAGGCUGCGGCCCCCGAGACGCGGCUGCCCAGCGGCCCGGGGCCCGAGCCGGCCGACCUGGCCGAGAAGAGCCCCUACCGCGACUCUGCCUAUUUCUCUGACUGCGACGCCGAGGCCGAGCGCGGCCACAAGGACGAGGGGGACAGCGAUGGGUCCCGCACGCCGGAGGCAGAGGAGGGUCCCCGCUCCCCUUUGCAGGACAUAGGGCGAGGAGAGGACCCGCUGCACCCGCCGGGGGCACCCGGCAGCCCCCCGGCAGCGCCUGGCGUCGCGGUGGUGGUGCCCACGGCAGCGGCGGUGGCUUUGGAGGGGGACUGGGUGGCGACAGGGGCCGGGAGCUCACCGGAGCAGGUGCCUGGCACCGAGCAGAGCCCCGCUGGCACGGGGCUGGUGCCGGGCAGCCCCCCGCGCCCUGACACAGACACCUGUCCCCCAGGCUCUGUCACCCCCAAGACUUUCCUCUUGACCCCAGUGCCAGUGAGCCCUGGGGAGCCAUCAGCUGUUGGAGGGACCUGCGUGUCCGAGGGCCUCUCUGGACUUGGGGGGGCCACAGUGGGGGACAAACAGACUGUGACCCCUGCUCUGGGGCUUGGGGAGCAGGGGCUGCCCCUGGAGGGGUCUGGGGCAGGUGACGCGCCAGGGGGUCCCAGCACUCUGGUCCCUGGGGGUGAAUCACCGCCGGGUCUCUCCCCGGCCCCGGCUGCCCCCGAGCGCCGCGAGGAGCCAGAGGAGGAGGAGGAGGACACAGAAGACAGCGACGAGUCGGAUGAGGAGCUGCGCUGCUACAACAUCCAGGAGCAGAGCGAGGAGAGCGAGGAGGAGCCGGCGGCCGUGCCCAUCGUGGUGGCCGAGAGCCACAGCGGCCGGAACCUGCGCAGCCUCCUCAAGAUGCCCAGCCUGCUGUCCGAGUCCUUCUGCGAGGACCUGGAGCGCAAGAAAAAGGCCGUCUCCUUCUACGACGAUGUGACCAUCUACCUCUUCGACCAGGAAAGCCCCACGCGGGAGCUGGCUGAGCAGAGCUUCCCAGAGCCCACCCUGCCUUCGGGGCAGCCCCCUUCGCCUUCGGGGCAGCCCCCUGCCAGUGGCAGCCCCCCCAGCCCCACGGACAGGCUCGGAGCUUCUGACGACUCUUCGGACGGCAACGCCUCGGAAGAGAGCGGUGGCUUCGAGUGGGACGACGACUUCCCACUGAUGCCAGUGAAGCAGUCCCUGGUGGCCGCGCUGCCGGGGACGCCGGCAGAGCCCCCCGCGGCCGUGCCCGCCCUGGUGCCAGCGCAGAAACAGGUGCUGCCCAUCCAGUUCUCCCGGUUCACGGUCUCACCCGCCCCGGUGUCCCGGUUCUCCAUCACCCACGUCUCCGACUCGGACAUGGACUCCAUAGGAGGCAGCAGCGAAGACGGUGACCGGGAGUGAGCCCGCGGGACGCAGCCGGCAUUGCCCUGGCAGCGGGGCGGCGCGGGCCGGCGGGGCCGGCGCGGGGGCCGCCCGUGGGCUCCCAGACCCCGCUCGGCAGUUUUUAGGCAGAUUUUAUCACAAGGAACUCGUUUGCUGCUUCGAGUGGGAGCGGGGCCGGCGCGGCCCCCGCGGGGCCAGGCGGUGGGUGACGGUGACGCCGUGCGCGUGUGCGGGUGGCUGUGAGCGUGCGUGUAAAAUAGACACUUAUAUAUAUAUAUAUAUACAUAUAUAUAUAUAAAUUAUAGCGUUUCAAGGGUAGUGCCCUGACCUUGCUAACAUUUGCGGAGUGUCCUCCCCAGUGAAGUUCCCCCUUGGCUUCUUGCCUACAUGUGCUCCCCGAGGCAGUUUGUCCCCACACCCCUUCUCCCCCGGGCUGUCCCCCUCCCUGUGCCCUGUGCUCAGUCUUGCACCUUGUGGCAGCUUGGCUGUCCCACAGCUGUCCCACAGCGGCCCCAUGGCUGCCCCAGAGGCACUCCAUGACAUUCCUGACCAAGGGGCCACUGGCUGCUGCCAGUCUGGAUGUCACUUCCUGUGCCAGGGGUGCCACCAGCUACCCAGAGUGUGGUCCCCAUGGCUUUGGAGCUCCCCUCCCUUGGUUUGCAGGGAUCAGUCCCAGCUGGGGACCCUGAGGACUGCUGGGACCCCUGCCCAUUGUAGCGAGGAGCAGCAUGUGGAGGGCUGGUUGUGGGGGGGGUAUCCCCCACCGGGACCCGUCAACCUGACUAUUUUUGUAUUUAAACAAAAUUACUAAAAAACCCCAACCCCACCCCAAAACCAAAACUUGCUGUUGACUGAACCCACAUUGAUGCGAUUUUAAGUUAUUGCUGCCAAAGAGACUUAUUGGGGAGGGGGGGGAGGGGGGCGCGCUCGUGGUUCUUUGUUGUUUUGGGUUUUUUUUGUUUGUUUCUUUCUUUGUUUUGUUUUUUUUUUUUUUUUUUCUAAAAUUCAUUCGAGGCUUAGGAUAAUUGUGCAAUUCCAGCUUCCGGAAGGAAAUAGAAGUAAGCGGAGCUGAGCGAAACCUUGAAUUCAGGGCUGGUUCCUUUUGGGGUCUAUAGACCAAACCCUGAGGUGAGAAAUGUCCCCCCUGAGCCCCUGCCCCUGUCCUGGCUCCUGUGUAGGGGGAUGAGGGACACUGCACAGACAGCCCCCACGUGGGAUGGGGCUGGUGCCCGGGGUUCUGCUCCAUGCCACAGAGGAUCCCACCCUGGGCUGGACGCAGCUCUGGCAGCAGGACCCAUGGGCUGAGCCUGUCCCCAGCCCAGCCUGGCACCAGUGCUGGCAGAGGUGUCCCCGUACUGACCCACCCUUCUCCCGCCCUCUCCCAUGGCCAGCCCAGCCUGGAGCUGUGUCCCAGCUGGAGUGCCCUCGGUGCUCAGGGUGCUGUUGUGGGGGCCAGGGGCUGUUCCCUAGCCCAGGACUGUGGGGGACCCCAACAUCAGCCCCAGGGUGGCCACGCCACCCCAUACCCCCAUGCUAGUUCCUCCCCCCUACUAAGCAGUUAGUGCUUAUUUCAGUGUUUUAUUCAAGCCCCCACCUGGCCUGUAACCCCCCCACCCCAAUUCUCCCAAGCUUUUUCCUUCUCCUUUACAACAGGAGGGCCACCCCCUUCCCUGACCAGGGGUGCAGCACCCAGGGCUGCUGCCCAUGCAGGACUGGGAUGCUCCCAGGGUUCCCUUCCCUCAGUACCCACCCUCCUACCCCCUGAUCCCCCCUUCCCUGCACUCCCCAACACUGGGGGGUGUUUGCUCAGCCCCUGGCACCCAGGGGUGCUGGUGCAGCCCCCACCCCACACCCCAGGUUUGGUCUAUGGCGCCGCAGGUCCCGGCCCCCAGGGCGGAUAAGGACAGAGCUGUGGCUUGGGUAACUUUUUUAAUAGAAAGGCUCUUCUUACAUGGUCUAUUUUCUCAAUACGGGUCAUAAUUGCUGUAUUUUUUAUCAGUGCUGAUUUCCAUACAGCUCCCAGCAUGUGUGUCAAAUCUCAUCGGGCCAAUAAUAAAGUUUUUAAAAUAUCUUAA